UCCUAUUUAUUUUUCACUUUUCAUUCGGCCAUAACACAAUUUGAGCAUUAAUUGAUUAAACGCGCUCAACAGCAUUCACUUAAGGCUUUCAAAUAGUCGCAAAAAUGACCUCGCGCAAGCAUUACGUAUACGCCUGGAUAUCCUAUAUAGUAGCGUUUUCUGGAGUCUCUGAAUUCUAUUUUGAUAUACGGACGGACAAUAUUAGAAAGUCGCGAUUGCUGCGUAUUUAUUCGCGAAUAAUUUCUUUAUAUCUAUUGUGCCAUUUCGGUGUAAAAGUAUUUCUAGCUUGCUAUAAUGUGGACACACUUUCUACGCGAUCGAAGCUAAUGACUCUCUAUUUAUGGGGAAGACCUGGUGUAAUGCUGCUAUCACUUGGGAGCAGUAUUUUCUGUGUGCAAAUGGGACAGCAAAGGAUAUUCGAGAUGGUUAGGGAUCUACUAAGGAUGGACGAGUUCAUAACUGUAUCCAAUAGCUGCUUCAAUCAUUCCAAGAAACCGCAACUUCAAAAGUUUUACUGGAUAAAAAUAUUUGUAUUUGUGCAACAGACAGUUAUAUUAAUCUUAUGGAUGUUUACUUCAAAUUCGGACAUUCUAUUUACUCUAGCCAUUCAAGGAGCAGUAAACAUACUGCGUGGCGCGUAUUUUCUGUUACUUAAUAUCAUCUGGCAGAUCUGCUACUCUUUCAUGGCGCUGCAAAUCUACCUAGAGCAGUUAUUUGUUGAUCCAAUGGCAAUGUCCAGGAAAGCGCCGAAAGUUUUUGAAGCUCAUCGAAAGUACUAUAAACUACUUAAUAUGCUUAAUGAGCUCUGCGACAUUUUUAAAUAUCAAUUGUCUUGUUAUUUGCUUAAUCUGAUUUGCAACGCCUGUAUAAGUGGAUACUCAUUUUGUCGGAUGAUGCUUGGAAAUCCUUUGACUUUGAAUAGCUCCAUCAAUGAAUGGAUUUCAUUGUUUAUGAAUAUCAGUAAUUUAUUUGAGCUCUACAUUCUGGCUAGCAUAGCUCAUACGGCUAGCCGACUUCAUGAUGAAACAUUUCUAAUUUUACGCUACUCUCCCUAUGAUUCGGAUGUAAUAGAACGAAGUAAUGACUGGCUAGCUCUGCAGCUAAAAUGGCAAAAUAAGUCGAUAAACAUCUUUGGGGUUCUACACAUCGACCUAAAUUUGUUCUUUGCAGUUGUAACGGGCAUCGUACUUCACAUAAUAUACAUAAUACAAAGUGACUAUGAAUUUUUGUGAAUACACGUUUAAUGGAUAGUUGUGAAUAUCGAAUAUUAUUCAAAUAUUUUACGAUACUUUUAUUAUAUACAUUACAUAACAAAACACAAUAUACGCCACAUCUUAACUUACCUCCCAAGCAAUCAACGAUAAUUUAAUAAAAAUAAUUUAAUAAAGACGUACAUUUUCUUACUGUUCAUCCACUGCAUUCUGAUAUAGUAUAGUUCCUCAACUGUCAGCUAGAUAUAUCAGGCUGUCAUUUUCUGUUUACAGAUCUCACACCCUUUUCAAGACUUUUAAGUCCGUUUAGCUAAUCGAUUUAGUUGAAUUCGUUUCAUGCGCCUUGGCGUCCAUCAGUUCCGGUGAAAAUGUUCUGGGAAGAGCAUUACGUUUACACAGGGGUUACAUAUUUUUUGGUAUUCUGUGGAGUUGCAGAAUUCCGGUACGAUACGCGAACGGGUCGCAUAAUUAAGUCGCGAUGUGGAUCGAUUCUCUUCAUAUUAGCAACGACAUCAUUUACAUUAAAAGCAAAUUGGAUUAACUUGCCCUUGGAUCUGAGCCAAUAUAAGUUGAUGACCUUCUUAAUCAGCAUAUAUCCCUAUGCUCGAAUGAUGUCGAUCUUAAGCUGUAUAAUCUGUGCACAGCGCCAACAAAAAAGGAUAAUUCAGAUGAAAAAUUACCUGAUCAAAUUAAAGGAGUCUGUAUUCGAAUUCAACUCUUCCGUCAUAACAGCUCAGCAAGCAUAUCUCAAACAAAUUUUAUGGAUAAGAUUACUCUUCUUCUUGCCUCGAUUAGUUUUGAUAUUCAUACUUCUUCAUAAGAGGCGCAUGAAUAUGUUUUAUUGUUUGAAGGGAUUUGCGAUAUGGAUUUCAUUCCAUAGUCUUUGUUAUAAUCUUUCAAAUGUGUCUGAUCCUCUUGAAACUUCAAACUUAGAAUACUUACUUCAGGAAUCAAUUCCAAGAAAUGAAAAAAACUCGGAAAAUGUUAAAAUGUCACCAAUCGUAUUAUAAACUUAUUCGAAUGAUAAAUGAGUUUUGCGAAAUUUUUAAGCACCCAUUGUUUUCAUUCCUUGUAUUUCUUGUUAGUCAUUUUAAUUUUAAUGUCUAUACAAUUGCUCAAGUUCUUUUUUUGGAAGACCACUGAUACACAAACCCGUCACACUCACUUUUUUCAAGUAUCUCUGACUAUUAUUGAAGGAAUUGAACUAUAUAAUUUUGCUAGCGUUGCAGAUCUCGUAAAAACAAUUAAUGAAAAGACAA